AUGGCUUUGCCCCAGGAACAGUCUUCGCUGUCCGAUCUUGUCCACUUUCAGGCUCAGAAAAUGACGCAGCUGCUCGCUGCCAUAAAUGGACCGGUCACACAACAAACUGCAGCUACUUCGGCGCCGCCUUCGCCGACGGCACCUCCAUUUCGUGCCUUCAAUCCUGACUGUGAACGCUGGCCAGAAUACAUCGCCCAGCUCGAGGCACACUUCGCAGCUUACGACAUACCAGCCACGACGGCGCCUCCGCCGCGGGCGCGCCUGCAGGCGUCGCCGCUGCCGGUCCGGUCACCUGCUCCGGACGGACACCUCCCGCCGCUGCCACGUUCCUCCGCGGUGCCAGAACCGAUGGAUGCUGAGGCUACCUUCACGACGCCGCCACCGUCCACGGAGGUCGUUGCUCUGCCUCCUCCUCCGAACAUACCCAGGGAUGUGAAUACCAAGACCAUCCCUGAGGUUGUAAGUGGCAACAGUAAUGGGUCGCAUGGAGAAAAGGAGAUAAAUGGGGCCAGCAACCCAGGCCACAUGGAUAAUAAACGUACACAGGCCAUGGCAGGGGUCACAGCUGUGAAGGAAUCAUUGCUAGACUGA